AUGGCGAUUCCUAAACAGUCUGUCUCUAAGCGCAACCGGUUCCAUGAACCGGAGACUAGCAGCAGCGGCGAUGACCAAGAUCCUGACCCGUCUGUUCCCAGAACCAGAGCGUCGACCAAGGGCGACAAAAAAUCACCUCCGUGUCCGCCGACAAAGGACGGCGGAAGGGCUUCUAGGUUCGCGACCCAUGUCGUGGAAAAGGCGACAGAGCCGGUGCCGGACGAUGUCGUGGCCGCUAUCGCCCGGAACUAUGCGAAAUCAUCUUACCGCAACAUCAAGCUCAUGAAUCACCGCGGUGUCGGAUGUGAGGUGGACAAGGACGACUUCAUGUCGAUCGAGGACGAACAGUGGAUCACCGAUGGCGUGGUGGACUUUCACAACGUGCUGCUUAGCAUCAGGAAGCCGUCGCUCCGCGACGGCAAGACAUGGGCCGCCAUGGACUGCAAGGCCUAUUCACAGACGACAGCUGCGCAUGGAGUGCCGUUAACGCUGGGGAGUGGGCGGCCGCUUUUGGAACACGAUUAUCUUGCGAUCCCGGUCCUAGAGUCGUUGCUGUCCGAACUCGCAAAGGCGAGUAACCCAAACGCUAACAUGGAGGUUGUGGACAGGACGCUGAGCGCGGCGGACUGCGUAAUUCUACGGGAGGAUAAGCUGCCACAGCAGCCGAACAAGGAGGACUGUGGGAUUUUUGUUUGUCAGUACCUCAAGACCCUGGUGCAUACCGACUUCGCCACGGUGUUUUCGGGCCUCUGGUUCCAGGGUGUGACACCGCACCAAUACAGGCGGGAGAUGCGCCGAGACUUGUGUGCACACGCUGGCGGAGAGCUUCUGAAACAACUACAGGAACUGGGGAUUGAAGUCCCGCCGCAAGACGAAGGCCUGGUUACCGCAGAGGGGACAGUGGUGCAGGUGAGAAACACUGCGGAGGGAGAUGGGAGGCAGGCGCCAAACACUCGCCAUGAUGAGGACGCUCGGUUUACGGAGAUGACGAGGCGCAUAGCAUCGCUGCAUAACGAUGUGAGGUACCUGGACGCCAGCUUCACCGUGAUCGCCAACUUCGUGGGCCUGAGCCGGGACGAGGUGGUGUCCGCUGCAACCCAACUGCUGCUGCAUGGAGGGGUCGCGGGGAACGGCACGAAAACAGAGGCGGGUGGCAACAAGCAUGCGCCACGCACACCCCAGCGUCCGUCUGCCCGGAAGAGGCGAGAUGACAGCAGUCCUGAGGAGGACGGCGUGCGCAACCUCACCCAGGUGGCGCUGGCCUCCACGUUCGCCGCAUGUGCGCCGACACCGAGCCUGCUGCAGAACCCGCUGAUCUCGAACGGGGCCAUACCUCCCUGGAUGUUGACGCGCCCGCGGCUGCUGUCCGGCACGGGUGUGCCAGCUGGACCUGACGUGUGGGGAGACAGGCUUGGGCAGGAGACGGCGAAGGCCGACGAAGAGGAGGAUCUCGUGUCAGACUCAGAUGACGAGGACGGUGGCGAAGAUACAAGUGCAACCAGGUACACGGGUGUGAAGCUGGAUCCGAACACCGGCAAGUACUGCGUCAAGAUUUUGUUUAAAGAACGUGGGAAGCGCAAGCAGCAGAGACUGGGAGGGUACACCACUGAGGAGGAGGCGGCAUUUGCAUACGCCGCCGGUGCGUUCGUGCUGAGGCCUAGCGAGAGGAUACCCAACACCGUCAGCCUGUCGGCCGCAGAGAAGGCAACGCUGCGGGGGUGCACCAAAGAAGAUUUACAGACCCUGGUGGAAGCGAGGAAGUGGUGGAGGUGGAGGAGUUGGCGUGAGGCGCUGGAGAGCGUGGGCCAGCGGUUGAAACGAGUGAGGAAGCGUGGGGGUGCAACAGGUGCAUCAAAGAGGCGCAGGGUUGUGGACCACGACCACACAGCUACCAACGACCCAGCGGCAACCGACAAUGCUGAGAGUGGGGGGACGGCCCCAGUGACAAACGAGCAAGGCGGAGGUGCAAGGGACAAUGACCAGGAAGAGCGGAGGGAAGACACUGGAGCUGAGGAGAAGACAUCAGAGAUGGCUGCAUAA